UGAGCAGAUGAUCACACGCCGCCGUAUAUAACGAGCGCUGCUUGGGUUGCAUAGCGCGGUCUAAGCCUCGUUGUCCGGGGGCGAUUCCAAUGUACAGCUGAUCUGGAAAGCACACACAUCCGAGACUGCGAAAGUACACAAUGUCUUCGCGCAUUUUGUCGACUGCGGGAAGACGACUGAUGUCGGUGACUUCAGAUUUGGAAUCUCGGAAAUGAAAUGCUGGACGGUGAUGUAUGCGUGUGGAUACCGGCUAACGACGUUUGUAUGUGUCCGUGCAUUUUUAGGGUCUCUCGCGUGGUACGCAGUUUGGCUACGUGCUCGGGCCUACAUCACCACGGCAUCUUGAAGAUGCACAGCACAUCAGCCGUCCGUACGGAGAUGCUCCGCGCGUGUGAAUGAUGAAUGGCAGCAAUGGCCGCAAUGUGACAGCCGCUUUAUAUGACAACACCAAUGGGGAGAAAACACUAACUGUGAAUCACAGUCUCCUCGCGGUGUACAGGAGAGUACCGAUCGCCGGCAUCACUACACGGCUCCCUACCGUGUUUCAGCGUGGUUUAACGGGUAAGCUGUCCGCCAAUUUCCGUUGUAUGGAGGCAUCGUAUCAUUCGAGGUGUUUCUGAAUCAUGCUCUGAAUGUACUGAUGUAACAUCAUCCGCAGGGAUUAUUCGCACAUACACAGCGAGCAAUCAGGACGGCAGACGAAUUAAAAUACGGAUGUUGUUAGUUAGUACACCAAGUCUUGCUAUGCAGGUGGAAUUAGAGGUUAGUCGUAUUAUGUCAAACAUUAUACAUUUCAAGAUGGCAUGACAAUUUAUGAGGGCCAAACUUGUCAUCCAAAACUAUGCUAUGAAUUCGAUACAGCAUACCUCUGUCCUCGUUCAAGGAGACAGCUGGCUGUGAAUUUUUUUCAACAUCAACUGACGAUGUGGGGUAAACGUAAGCAUAGGAGGGGGUGGCUGUCUCACCUCCUACCCUGCCGGACUAGGCACAGAGACACAACCCUCUUUAAGUUGACGGUGAUUGCCUGCCUGGCUUUCCCCGCCUACAUCCUCCUCUUUGACAACGUCUCCAGCCUAGGGAACUCGGGCGACUCCGGAGCCGACCUGGGACCGGGUGCACCGGUCAGGGGGUUGGCCCGGGGGCCGCAGGGGGUGCCGCAACCCCACCCACUGAGGACCACGCAGCGGGUGUCCUCGUUGCUGCGUCAGCAAAUUGGGCUGGAGGCAGCGUUGCCUGGCGACGAACUGAUGCGGGGCAGACACUCCGCGAGGGGAGGAGACUGGGACCACAGUGGAAGGAAGCAGCUCGGUCCAGGGUCAAGCAAUUCUACUGGACUGCAAAAAAUACAGUUUAUUGCUGGAACACGAGUGUUAUAUCUAGGUUGUUACCAGGAUGAAACACAGCGAACCUUGAGAGUAUUACGCGAAGGUUUCAUCGCGGAUGUACGACGAAUGACACUGGCCAUGUGUAUUCGACACUGCAGUAAAAGGAGCAGUUACUAUGCUGGUUUAGAGUUCCAUAGCGAGUGCUACUGCGGUCGACGGAUCUACCGCAGUAAGCCAGCCAACCAGAGCCUAUGCAAUGCAACAUGCGCGGGCAACACAUCCGAGACGUGUGGGGGCGCUCCAUAUCUCUCCAUAUACCAACUGCUUGCAGACGACGAACGCGGUGGUGACCAAGCUCAACAAGGCCCCUGGUCCAGAGGUUCGGAAGGGCUAGCGGAUGACUUUCGAGCGUGUGUCCCUCGGCCAGCUACCCCGGGCCAUCAGCAAGUAUUUCCCGCGGGAUUCUUCACCUCUGCGCCCAAAAUGACCGUGGACUCAUGCAUGACUACAUGCUUCGAGAGGCUUUUUCCCGUGGCGGCGUUGGGAGCUGGCACGGAGUGUCACUGCGGCCACUUCACCCGCGAUUUCCGCAUGGAGAAUAUUCUUCCGCACCAUGAGUGCAACGUGCCGUGCGCGGGCGACGAGAGCUAUUACUGCGGCGGCGAUUCCACCUUGUCCGUAUACCAGACUGCUGCGGAAGACACCCGCUGCAGUAAUGCAACAUUAACACCGCCUGGUUCCCUGCCUCUGGUGGCUCUAGCUAGCUUCCCUGGUUCCGGCAAUACGUGGGUUCGUUACCUCAUUGAGAGGGCCACUGGUGUCUACACGGGUAGUUUUUAUAAUGACGGUGAUCUUUUCAAAAAAGGGUUCAUAGGGGAAAAAGAGAAGUGGACACGUGGCAACACCAUCGCCGUUAAAACGCAUCGAUUCGAUGAGGAGCACGUGCGCAGCUUCCAGAAAGCCAUUCUGAUCAUUAGGAACCCGUACAAGGCGAUCAUAUCCGAACACAACCGGAAGUUCGGCGGCCAUGUUGGCUUUGCACCGGAAACCCAGUACACAAAGGGGACAGAGUGGAUUGCUUUUGUCACAGGGAAAUCGCGAACAUGGGCCAACACGGCGGUGAAUUUUAUCCAGUACAGUAAAAAACUUCACGUGGUUUACUACGAGGACUUACAGUCGAGACUUUACGACGUCCUUGAAGGUAUUGUGAGCUUCCUGGAGAUCCCCGUGGACGAAGAGAGACUAAUGUGUGUGCUCAGCAGCCCCCACGGCAAGUUCAAACGGUCGGGCAAGCGGCAGAACCCCUUGACCUUUGACCCCUACACAGAGGAGAUGCGCGAGAUGGUGGAGCUAUCUCUGAAGGCGGUCUCCAUGGCGCUGAAGCUCAGGGACUGCCCAGGACUGCCGAGGGAGUAUAAUCCAGGGUUGGAAUUAUGAGUGCGAAAGAAACAUUGAAACAAGUAGCUACCCUGUAUUUGAAGACCAUAGGGAAACUAAGAUUUUAACGAAAUUUCUACAUUCCGGUUGCAAUGAUGAUAAUGCUAUUCUGAAAAGAUACAAACCACGGCUACUGUGGGGAACUUUAAACACUCAGGCAUUAUAUUAUGUAGACAGUAAUUCUGACCGUGGGCCAUACGAGCAACGAAACUAGCGUUUUCCUGUUAUUGCAGCCCGUAUCAGUGGCCAAGUUAGGUAUAAAGCCCGAAUAUACUUGUAUUCGGUGCUGUGUGUUCUCUUUGUAAGGCACUGCACAGAAAAUCGUCUCUCACAUUGUUUCCUCCGCUCAAAUACUACAUGUAUAAGGUCGCUGAUGACCUAUAUUCCUUCGCAGUAAAAAUACACAAUCUAACUUUCUCGAGCUUUCAUUAGAUGGAAUUUGUUUGACCCGUGACCCGGGGUCAGUAUGAGUGCGCGCGCACUACACUCUCGCGCGGAACAUGUGCCUAGGGCCGUUUUCCAAUACUCAACUUCGUCUCCGUUUCAGGCUUCGUGAAGGAAAUCAAAUCCCCAAUUGUGGGCCUGAAGCGUUCAAUUUAAAUUAAAGUACUGUAAUGUGUGGCUCUUUUGCAUCUCACUUGAUGUUUUGUGGCACUAUCAAACUUACUAUUGUGCUUGGAACCUCAAAGUCAGGAAGUAAAAGAAAACAGUUGAAGCCUGAGACGGAGCCGAAGUCGAGUAUUGGAAAACGGCCUAUGUGUCAUGAUGAAGGGACUCAAGGGGGCAUACCCACAAUUCCUUGGCACGUUUUCACUUCCUUCACGCAAAAUGUUGUGAAUGGAUAGGGCGGCAGGAGCUAGCAUCAAAAGUUGUGAUCAGGAGGACAGAAAUGACCACCCGAAGACAAGCGAGAACAAACAAACAAAUCCCCGCUCGCGUCACUUCUCGCACUGCGCAAAUCCCACACUAUCAGAAACGCUCGAGGUCUACUAACUACGAAGUCAUAAUUUGAUUUCAAAAUCAGUUUCCGUGCUCUCCUCUUCACGGUUGUAUCUUUCUCGUGUGUAAUGCAGUGUGCGUGUGGACAAAGGGACUUUCAUGCCGACAUUUCAGAUUCUCAUCUUUGUCGGCUUUUAUCAUAAUCCCUGUUCAGGAUUAAAUGCCUCAGUGAAACUCAGGUGGUGUUUUUGGAAACAUGGUGAGUGUGCAAACCCAUACUGUAGUGUUUCAAACCGGAAGGCGUUCGAGAGGAACAGGUGAUUUGGUCUCAGCACCGCUGUACCGCGUGAGGUGUUACGACAGGAAACGUCUGACGAACUGAUCUAGGCCGCCUAAUCAACGCUUCUACGCGAAAGAAAAGUGACAAAUGGCAAACAAGCUGUUUGGAGGAUGACAGAAAUACAUGAGCCCAGUCAGAAUUUCGGCAGAUUCAUCAUCUCACAUCACAGCUGAGAAGUGCGUGUCUUCCCAGCGCACAUUCCACGGAUAGUCUAUGAGCCAAGAUGGAUGACCUAUUCAGAAUGCUUUUCCUUUCAGUGGGAAACCACGUGAGACUACAUUUUGGCACGUACUGUUGUCAGGACGGCUGUCAAUGCCAGUGCACGGCACUGACUUUAAUUAACACGCAGCCGCCUCGCUUUUUUCAAUUCAGCCCGUGGCUAAACAAUCCAGCUUAUAAAACAUUUCUGAAUGGUAUCUUCUGCUUCCAUUUUCCCCUCUGCAUGCAGUAUAUCACUGGUUCAUGCACUGGUUAAAAUAUGGGUCAUGAAACCGUACCCUUGCCGCGCGGGACUCGGAGUUCUGUAUUUCAGCGGAGUCAAUCCGCGCAACCUAUAAAGCCGACAUUUAAAGACAUAAACAAGCGGCCGCCGGGAAAAUUGGAACCAUUAAAAUGUCUCUUUUGAUAUCCAUUAGAGUUAUGCAUUCAUAUAUUUUGCAAAAGCCCCAUCAGUGAUAAGGAAUAGAGCAAUUCAUCACUAACCUGAGGAGUGCUCGUAGGGAAAUAAUCUGUUCACACAGCCACUGUAAUGUGAACGUACCCUUUCAAGUGCGUUUCAAAGGAAAAAAAUCUUUGCUUUAAGUUGUUAGUUCAAAAUCGUCUAUUUUUUUCUCCAAUUUAUUCUUUCCGCUACACCUGUCGAGUGCGUCAGCAAAAUUACUCGUAUCCUUGCCUUUUCACAUGUUGGACAACACUCCGUUUUCAGUAUGUAUUAAAGAACAAGCCGGUUAUUGAAAUCAAUGUGCAUGGGAUUUGACUAAUAGCCAUAAUUACAAAAAGGAAAUUGCCAGCUUGGUUCCAGUAGACUCAUGGCCUGCAAUGCCGUGGAGUCCUACUACCUGUGAAAAAGCAGUCAGUGUUCGUCAGAAAACGGUUCCAAACACGUGCAGCUGUUCACAUGAUCGGCUGAAUUACCGCCUUUCAACCCAGAAGACGAUCAUUGCAUUCUAGCACGGCGCGUGGAACAUUUUGAAAAAUGUUCCAUCUGCGCUGCUGCUAUGUGUGCGGGCGCCAGACGGAGUGCGAGAAUGUAUGCGUCAAGCGAUGAAAAUUGAUUGGUGCAGAAAACAGAUGGGCUGGUAUCCUUGGGGUCGAGCGUCAGAGAUGAUGAUUGUUUAAUGCAACAUGAGGAGAUCAGAGGAGACAGUUUUCGCUGGUGCCCACUGUCUUUGCAGUUUGCCAGGACGGUUAAUGCCGUUCAUAGAAUUCUGUAAAGGAAGUGCACCCGUCGCAAAGUCUUGUGGGUUACGGAAUGGCUUCACGAACAGGCAUGCCUUUUCUGCGCACGUGUCGUGGCGUAUGAGGAAGCGUUGAACCCUGUCAUGGCGCACACCUUUACAUUGACGUGUUCUCGGCGCGUGAAGGGUCCGUAUGCGUAUUACAGUGAAGAAUGCCAAUUAAAAUGUACAUGAAUGCAGGGCAGUAUAGGCCUAGCGACGUGAAAAUGUGCCAUUAUUGUUCAAAUCAAUUCUACCAGUGGAGAUUUGAAGGUACUACGUCAUGCAUGUUGCAACGCGGAGUUAGCCCAUCCCAGUGCCUUUUAAUUAAAGCGCCGUUGGAACGGGCGAAAUCGAAAUCGUUCAUAAUUUUUAACGAUAGAGGACGCUGUUCAAUAACGUUGGACAGCGCUGUUUAGCAGAGAGCAGAGCCAACUUCAGACUUUGGAAUUGAAAUGGCUGUUUAUGGUGUGUGCAGUACAGCAUGCAGCCGUUGUGUGCCUGUUGUCCAGAUGCACUGACGCAUAAUCUGCCAUUCCGGUUCCAAUAAUAGAGACACUUAUGUCGCCUCUCUAAACGGCUCUGAACUUGUGGGCAAAGUUCCAACAGUUCGGAGUGAAGAUCUGGAAAUACAUAUUAAAUCCAUGCUGCUCAUGUCCUUCAAAGGGAACACACUUUGCCGCUUGACUGGCCCUAUAAUGACAUUCUUAUGGACAGUAAUUUGUAUGUGUUUUUAUUUGAUUUUGACGUGAAGUUUUGUCCCCUUGGGUUUGACUCCCGAAGGAAGGUUGGGCCAAAGUUAAAAGGUGCUGUUGAUCUAGCAGAUAUUUUGCCAUUUUGGCCAUUCUGAUCCUUAAAAACGUUCAAUGAAAUAUAUUAAAAAUUUGCAGUCACCUACUUCCAAAGUUCCUCAUUUUUCAACCAGCCAGAGAUUCUACAUCUAGGCAACUAGAAUGGUCAAAGUGAUUAGGCCUGCUUUUGUUCUUUACAAUGUUCAAACAUUUUUCGUCCUUAGAUAUAAUGUUUGUUUGUACGAUGAAUUGGGCGAUUGUGCCAUGGCUGUGUGGCUGGUUGCCGUCUAAAGGUUGGUCCUCUUACAUUUGUCACUGUUCUACGAAAAACAUUAUCAGUUCGUUUAUAAAUCAGACUUGAUAUUGUCGGGAACGUAAAACAAGGAAAUCAGACUUUAAUGCACCGAUACACGCGGUGUCUUGUCAUGCUGGUAGAUUUGCUUACAUCGUAUGUACAAUAAAGAGGGCGCUGUUAAUGUUGACAGGUCCCAGAGAGCGCGGUAAGGCGCGUCAUUUCAACUGUUAAGUAUUACAGUGCAGUAUUCCACUAGUCUUUCAGCGCAUUGAUAUAUAUUUAGGAUGUUUUCUCUAUCGUGCUUGUUGAAUUACAACAAGGAUAUGUCUUAGACAUGCUAAUAUUAAUCAGGCACAAUUUCUAAUUGGGCGAUCGUUCGGAAAUGUCACCCAGUGUACAAAGGUCGAUGCCUCUCUUUUUGUAUUCUAAAUAAGCUGAAGCAAACGUAAUGUGCAAUAUACAUGUACAAGCUUGUCGAAACGACCUUAUCUGAUGUGUUAGUUAUUAUCCAGGUGAAAAUUAUUACGUGUACUGAAGUGUUACACAAACCGUUGUUUGUUUUUUUGUUUACAAUACAGCGUCUCCAUUAAAAUAUUUUUGCUAUAAUAUUCGAAUCCUGUUCAUUAUUCAGUAGAUAUUUCACAAUCGUUGGUAUAGUACUAGGUAUACUGGGUAUUACUAUUUGGUGUGUGCACCAUCACAAUAACCAACUAUACAGUAUUAAACGAAGAGGGUUAGUUUUUAAAGACGAGUCAUGUAUCCCUAAUGUGAGAUUCGUGAGACGCGAAUCUUUCACCAUACAUUAAUAAAGACAUUGGUCAUGGUCGUGCCUGACUCACUGAAGAACCCCCAACUCAAAUGUACACAGACUGACUUCGUUUAUCGAAAGGAAACAAAUGUUGGGUAUUCAAGACCACACGGUGGUGAAACAUGAAAUUUUAUCAAUUCACUGAUGCUAGGGCUUGGUGAAUUCAAACAAAUUCAGCAUCAUUUCGCAGGACUGCCAAGAUUAUAGGAGCAUGUCUAAAUAUUGCUUCUAAACUUCAUCAGCUUUGGACUUGAUCGAGUCGCGGUUGAAAUGUACAGUUCAUCAGCGGUGUUGAAAGAAGCACGGUAAAAUGAUCUCCGUGGACAAACUUCAUUAACAAAAGCUAUUCGAGAGACGAGUUGCUGUCAUCCUGCUGGAUUAACCCAAAUCCCCUGGCUUUUCGCGGUGAAUGCCAGAGGGCUACUAGGCAAUUAAAGCGAUGGCCAGGUCCUGAUGAACUCGAACCAUGUCGUUCUUACUAACACGAUCUCCUCUGCAAAGUGGCUCUCGCGGCUGAGUUGUGCGGGGCCAUCUCCUGUCUUUGCGCGUACAAGUCCUCGGAUUUACCUUCCGUAAGAAGGUGCGUGCGACGUGCUUAGGGAAAUCGUCCAAAAAUACCACAGACCAAAGGGUUCACACUCACAAUAUUGCACCUCACUGAUUUAGAUCUACCAAGUCUCCAUCCCUUGAAUUUACAAUGGAUAAUUAGGUAGGUCCUGUCCAGCACUUCUUUGAAUAAUGUGAACACCAUUUCCUCUUACAAUACUCUGUGUAUAUCUCCGAGAACUACGUGUAUUCAGUAUAUAAAGCAAAACAGGAAGUAUUUGUAACUUUCACUUCAGGUCAGAGGUCAAUAAAACCCAAAGCUUCGUAACUC